AUGCAUAAAUUGUUUUUCAUCUGUUUGAUAGUUUUAAACAUUGUUAUUUCAUCAAAUGCUAAAUACUCGAGAUCACCAGCUGACAACAAAGAAUUUAAAGCAAUCUUAAAGCAUCCAUUAGAUUUAGAAUGUAAAUACAAUGGUGCUGAUCAGGAUGGAGAAUUUCUUGAUUGGUAUAAAGAUGGUGUGCCUGUAAGUAGUGAAAAAUCUGGACAUUAUGUUGUUCAUAAUUCAGAGAAAGAAUCAAAACUCACCAUCAAAAUUUUUGUUCCAUCGGAUGGUCAGGUACAAAAAUGGUCUGUUAAAACAAAGAAAUCUGGUUUUGAAGAACCAAUUGAAUGUCAAUUUAAAAGAAUUACACCAAAACGAUCUCCACAACGUAUUGACACCGAUCGACCUGCUGAAAAAUUAGAAGCUUCACAUUCAUCUAUAAGACGUUAUCGAGGUGAACCGGUUAGUUUUAAAUGUAUUAUUGAACCAGAGCCAACGGACAAAACUUUCAAUGCAAUCAAAUGGGAAUUUAGUAAAGAUGAUACAAAUUAUUCUGUUUUAGCUGAUGAUAUUACUUAUGAAAGUAAAAUUAAUAUAAUAAUUAAUAGUAUUGAAAAAAGUCAUCGGGGAUUCUAUCGUUGUACACUUAAUGGUGUUUCAUUUACUGUUCUAUUACGUGUUAAAGAUCGAUUAGCACCACUUUGGCCGUUUCUUGGUAUUGUAGGCACUGUUUCCGUAUUAGUUAUUGUUAUAUUAAUUUUUGAAAAACGUCAAAAGCCAGCAAGAAAAGCAGCAGGAACAGAAGAUGAGGAGCAUGAUCAUGCAAAAGAUCCUCUUGUAAGAACACCAAACAAAUCGGCAGAUGAUGAAAAUAAAAAACGUGCUGUUAAAGCUUAA